AUGAUAGCUACUAACAAGGCUCAAGCUGCCAAGAAAGCUGCUCUUAAGGGUGUCCAUGGCAAGACCGUGCGCAAGAUCCGCACUUCUACUCGCUUCAACAUUCCCAAGACUUUGAAGUUAAGCCGCACUCCCAAGUAUACUCGCAAGUCUGUUCCUCAUUUGCCUCGUAUGGACCAAUAUCGAGUCAUCCGUCAACCCUUGAACACUGAAACCUCUAUGAAGAAGAUUGAAGACCACAACACUUUGACUUUCAUUGUCGACGUUAAGGCCAACAAGAACCAAAUCAAGCUUGCUGUCAAGAAGCUCUAUGAUGUAGAAGCUCUCAAGAUCAACACUUUGAUCCGACCUGAUGGUACCAAGAAGGCUUACGUCCGUUUGACUGCUGAUGUGGAUGCUCUUGAUAUUGCUAACCGUAUUGGUUUCAUCUAAAU